CUGCGCGGGCGCAGUGGCCGACAGUACGCGAACUCGCGCGCUCGUCCGUCUCGGCAAACACUAAUGUUGAUAUAGCGAACGAUAUAAAACACGACACAACGGUGACGAACUGUCAGACGCUUGGAACUCGAGUUGGUACCCGCUAUUGCAAGAUCCUUUAGUGAAAGGUUUAUAAGUUACAAAAAACGAGUCGAUCGGUACAGUUCGGGCGAGAUGCGGCCAGCGGUGAUCUGGCUUUCGCUAUUGGCAAUCGCGGUUGCCGAAAUAGCUGAAGAACCUUGGGUGGAAGAGGAAGUUGAGGAACCUUACAAUGAGGAAGUUGAAACGCACGAAAGGAGAAGGCGCGAGGCGUAUGUUGAAGAACCUUAUGAGGAACACGUUAGAGUUAAACGGAGGUGUUAUGAUGAAGUGAUCCCUGAGCCGCGUUAUAGGGUACGGCGGUCAGAAGAAUACGUGAGAGUUCCUCGGCAAGUUCAUCAAUAUGAAGUACACGAAUUCACGGAAGACGACGCGUACCCGUCUUCAGUGCCUUACGAAGAAAUGCUCGCUGCGAGUGCAGAGCAUUAUCAUAGGGUUUACGCCGCGCCCGGUGCGCCGGCGUCCGCUCGGUAUCAAAGUCCUGAAGUGAGUCAACCAGUGGGACAUUUUGUGCCUGUGGGACAGCCUAUUCAGUAUGUUGCUCCUCCAAAUGUGCCUUCAUCCAAACCCGUUCAAUACGCGGCACCGCCAGUAUCACCCGUGGCGGCGCAACCUGUUCCAUUCUCCCCUUCAAGUGUGCCUGUGUCUCAACCCAUUAAGUUUGUCGCUCCUAAUGUCAAUGUCGCAUCUAACCCUGUGAAUGAUCAUGUCCAGUUUGUGGCGCCCCCCGUGCUUGCUUCUGUGUCUCCUAUAGCCGCCGAGGCGCCGGUUCUUGGCCCUGUGCCGGUGCAAUCUGUACCUGUGCCGCAGACGAAGAAGCUGGCUGGUGAUCAGUAUGGCUCGGCGGCUAAUCAUCAUCAUGGACAUAAACAUAGUGUUUCUCAAGGUGGAGGUCAUAAAAAUCAUGCAGGUCAUCAUGCUGAUCGGGGUGGAAAGAGCUCCAAAGGUUACAAAUCUGAUCAUCACUCGGACAAAGGCGCCAAAGGUCACAAGACCGACGAGAUCCAUCGCAAGGAGUAUGAAGAAGCAGCCGGUAAGAAGCAUAAGCAUCACGACAAGGCUGGUCACCAAGGAAGCCAUGAAGAGGAGGCCCAUGGCCAUAGAGGCGCACACUUUGGAGAGAAGAAAGGGCAUAAGAAAGGACAUAAAACCAAGGGGUACCACAACAAAUACCACAAGGACGAGUUCCACAAAGAGCAUAAGUUCUACGAUGACUUCCACAAGAGCGGGGAACACCACAGAUACGGCAAGUUCAACGCGAAACACGCCAGCAACGAGAGCGGGAAAAAGAAGGCUCAUCAUGUGAACGCGGGCCAUGACUUCGUGGAGAGAGGCAAGAAGGGAUACAGCAACAAGGGUCACCUGGACGAAGACCACACCGGCUACAAAGGAGGUCAGGGUCACGAGGAACACAAAGCCCACCACUCACAGCACGGCAAGAAGGGGGGCAACGAGGGCGGCUCUCGUUGGGGGUAUGAGAAGAAGAACUGAUUAUGAACCCAAUUUGGUUAUCAUUAUAGAAUUGGGACGAAUAAGUCUUUAUUCUGAAUUCUACGAUUUUGUAAGAGUUUCAGUCCUUUUAAAUUUUGACCGAGUUUAACGAACAAUGCCAAUUCAAUCUUGGUUGCUGUAGCAGUAACUAGAUUCAAUGCGAGAGUUUCAAAGAGCGUUUUAUACUUUUAAAAUAGAAAUGCAUGCAUGACAGGCAUAUUUUGUUAUUUUUUUUUUGGAGACACUAUAUCAGGGGAUAUUAAAUAUUAUUUUAUAGGUAUUAUUCUAUUGAAUAGGUAUCUAGAAUUUGAUUUAUAGUUCUCAUUAAUAAAAGUAAGCUAACACUUGCAUGGACAAAAAACGAGCAACAAAGCUCAUUGCAGGUUUUCCUCGGAAAAGUUUUUCAUAAAAAAUAACAAAAUGAGGCCGGUCAAAAAUAAAUUCAGUCGAAAUUAGACGGAACUUUUGCACAGAAAUCUAUUAUAGUUGAAAUUAAUCACAUUUUACGAUCAAGUAGAAUUAUGAAUUGCAGUGCUAUGAAUCAAUAUGCCAUAGAAUAAAUAAUUAGGAUGAUAAUAAAGGAUUUUUAGUUCCAAUUAUAUAAAUCACUAACAAACACCAAUAUACAAGAACGUCACAAUUAAUUACAUCUGUAGCUAAAAUUUUGUUUUGUUACCUAUUCUUAUUAAUUACAUUCCAAAUAGGUAUUUAAGGAAUUAAAGCCGAGUAUUUAAAUAAUCAGGUAAGUAGAAGUUGUCAGGAUUUUACCGAACUCAUGAUAAUGUAAUAAAUCUUAAUUAAUGUUAUGUCACAUAAAUAAUCCAUAUCAAUGGGUGUUACAUACAAAGUAGAUAUGUAGGUUAUAACAAUUUCAUGUUUCUUUUCAUAUUGCCAACUUUCAUAAUUAUAUUUUGUCUUCCAUUAAAACACUUGAAAAAUACCUUUUUAUUUUGGUAAAUUAUUAGAUAGAUACAUUUUUUUCUAACAAUCAUUAGUAGAUUUUCUCUUCAAAUUCAUAUCUAGGUUAAUGACGUAUCUAGGCAACAAACAAACCCAAUAAGUCGUCCUACUCCCAACCAAACCAUUGGUAUUACCACUUUUUUCCACUUCACAAAAAGCCAAUUCAAUACCGUUGCAGUAGUAUCUAAUGCAAUAAAUUAACCAGUAAAAAACUUAUUGAUACUCUCUGUUGUGCAAGCAAGUCCAAUCGGACGGUGACCGAUUGGGUUAAGCAAACAUGUGGGUUUUUUUUCUCUUUUUUUUUGUCUAUUCGUUAUCGUUUUUUCCUUAAUAGGUACUUAGAUGAUUUUCUUAUUUUGGGUUCAUAACCAUAUAAAACUAAGAAAUCAAUGAAUUUACAUUUUAUUUGCCGAAUAUUUUAAAUUCUAAGUACGUCCUCGCAAUAGAAAAAAAUUGUUUUUCUUUUUUUUUGUAAAUAAUGAUCUACCUUACCGAGUAUACAUUUAUAUGGUCAAGUUACCAGAUAAGUUAGUUUUGUAAAUAGGUUUUAUUUUAGUGAAUGAAUAUCUUAUUACUAGGUAUUUUUAAGUCUGUUAAUUUUAUAUUUUUU